AUGCUUCAGACAGAAGGCCAAAUAACUCACAGUACCAUCAACAUAGAAGGCCAAGGGAUUGGUCCUUCUAUCCACCAAUUAAUAAAUGAGAUCAACAGUUCCCUGAAUAACAGGCGUCAUGAGGUUAAUAAUUUCCCAACCGAAGGAGGCCAGCAGUUCAAGUUUACAUUGAAGAUAAAGGGCCAAGGGAAUGAUGCUUCCCUAAAGAGAUUUGUCGAAAAGAUCAAGGCUUUUCUUGGCAAGGAUAAGGAAAUAAAUGAUUACUCUCUGAAGAUGAAAGGACAAAGGCAGGACAAUCAGAUGAUUCAUUUUACUCUCACGACAGAAGGUCAUGGGACUAAUGCUGCUCUAAGGAGAUUGGUGGAAAACAUCAGUGCCUUCCUUCAAAGAGAAGGGAAAAUGACUCAUAUUACCUUCGAAAUAGAAGGCCAAAAGAUUGGUACUUCUCUCCACCAAUUAAUAAAUGAGAUCAAUAGUUCCCUGAACAACAAGCCUCAUGCAGAUAUUAAUUUCCCAAACGAAGUACACAAGAGGGUCAUGUUUACAUUGAAGAUAAAGGGCCAAGGGGAUGAUGCUUCUCUAAAGAGAUUUGUCAGAAAGAUCAAGGCUUUGCUUGGCAAGGAAAUGGAAAUAAUGGAUUAUUCUGUGAGCAUGAAAGGCAAAAGCCUGCGCAACCAGGUCAUUCAUUUUACUGUCACUGUAGAUGGACAAGGGCCUGAUUCUUCUGUCAGGAAGUUAGUGGGAAAUGUCAAUGCAAUCCUUGAAGAAGAAGACAAAAUGACUCACAUUAACCUCAGCAUACAAGGCCAAGGAAUUAGUCCUUCUCUCCACCAAAUAAUCGAGGAGUUCAAUGAUUCCCUGAACAAAAAGCCUAAUGUUGAUGUUCCUCCACUCGAAGAAGGAAUCGUGAGGAUCCCGUUUACCUUGAAAAUACAAGGCCAAAGUGAUGAUGCUACUCUAAAGAGAUUCGUCAGAAAGAUCAAGGCUUUGCUUGGCAAGGAAAUGGAAAUAAUGGAUUAUUCUGUGAGCAUGAAAGGCAAAAGCCUGGGCAACCAGGUCAUUCAUUUUACUGUCACUGUAGAUGGACAAGGGCCUGAUUCUUCUGUCAGGAAGUUAGUGGGAAAUGUCAAUGCAAUCCUUGAAGAAGAAGAAGACAAAAUGACUCACAUUAACCUCAGCAUACAAGGCCAAGGAAUUAGUCCUUCUCUCCACCAAAUAAUUGAGGAGUUCAAUGAUUCCCUGAACAAAAAGGCUAAUGUUGAUGUUCCUCCACUCGAAGAAGGAAUCCCGAGGAUCCCGUUUACCUUUAAAAUACAAGGCCAAAGUGAUGAUGCUACUCUAAAGAGAUUUGUCAGAAAGAUCAAGGCUUUGCUUGGCAAGGAAAUGGAAAUAAUGGAUUAUUCUGUGAGCAUGAAAGGCAAAAGCCUGGGCAACCAGGUCAUUCAUUUUACUGUCACUGUAGAUGGACAAGGGCCUGAUUCUUCUGUCAGGAAGUUAGUGGAAAAUGUCAAUGCAAUCCUUGAAGAAGAAGACGACAAAAUGACCAACAUUAACCUCAGCAUACAAGGCCAAGGAAUUAGUCCUUCUCUCCACCAAAUAAUCGAAGAGUUCAAUGAUUCCCUGAACAAAAAGCCUAAUGUUGAUGUUCCUCCACUCGAAGAAGGAAUCCCGAGGAUCCCGUUUACCUUUAAAAUACAAGGCCAAAGUGAUGAUGCUACUCUAAAGAGAUUCGUCAGAAAGAUCAAGGCUUUGCUUGGCAAGGAAAUGGAAAUAAUGGAUUAUUCUGUGAGCAUGAAAGGCAAAAGCCUGCGCAACCAGGUGAUUCAUUUUACUGUCACUGUAGAUGGAAAAGGGCCUGAUUCUUCUGUCAGGAAGUUAGUGGGAAAUGUCAAUGCAAUCCUUGAAGAAGAAGAAGACAAAAUGACUCACAUUAACCUCAGCAUACAAGGCAAAGGAAUUAGUCCUUCUCUCCACCAAAUAAUCGAAGAGUUCAAUGAUUCCCUGAACAAAAAGCCUAAUGUUGAUACUCCUCCACUCGAAGAAGGAAUCCGGAGGAUCCCGUUUACCUUUAAAAUACAAGGCCAAAGUGAUGAUGCUACUCUAAAGAGAUUAGUCAGAAAGAUCAAGGCUUUGCUUGGCAAGAAAAUGGAAAUAAUGGAUUAUUCUUUGAGCAUGAAAGGCAAAAGCCUGCGCAACCAGGUGAUUCAUUUCACUGUCACCAUAGAAGGCAAAGCGACUGAUAAUUCUCUCAGGCGAUUUGUGGAAAACAUCUACGCGAUCCUUGAAGGAGAACAGAAAAUAGCUAACAUGAACAUGAACAUAAAAGGUCAAGGGAUUGGUACUUCUGUCCACAAAUUAGUCCGAGACUUCAAUGUUUCCUUGAAAAAGAGGCCCAGUCUGAUUGACAAUGAACACAGCGAAAGAGGCAAGCAGCUCAAGUUUACCUUGAACAUACAAGGCCAAGGGGACGAUGCUUCCAGACAGAGAUUAGUAGAAAAGAUCAAGGCUUUACUUGAAAUGCAAGAACAUCCAACGGAUUAUUCUGUGAGUGUGGAAGGCCAAAGGCAGGGCAACCAUGGGAAUCAUUUCACUGUCACCAUAGAAGGCAAAGCGACUGAUAAUUCUCUCAGGCGAUUUGUGGAAAACAUCUACGCGAUCCUUGAAGGAGAACAGAAAAUAGCUAACAUGAACAUGAACAUAGAAGGUCAAGGGAUUGGUACUUCUGUCCACAAAUUAGUCCGAGACUUCAAUGUUUCCUUGAAAAAGAGGCCCAGUCUGAUUGACAAUGAACACAGCGAAAGAGGCAAGCAGCUCAAGUUUACCUUGAACAUACAAGGCCAAGGGGACGAUGCUUCCGGACAGAGAUUAGUAGAAAAGAUCAAGGCUUUACUUGAAAUGCAAGAACAUCCAACGGAUUAUUCUGUGAGUGUGGAAGGCCAAAGGCAGGGCAACCAUGGGAAUCAUUUCACUGUCACCAUAGAAGGCAAAGCGACUGAUAAUUCUCUCAGGCGAUUUGUGGAAAACAUCUACGCGAUCCUUGAAGGAGAACAGAAAAUAGCUAACAUGAACAUGAACAUAAAAGGUCAAGGGAUUGGUACUUCUGUCCACAAAUUAGUCCGAGACUUCAAUGUUUCCUUGAAAAAGAGGCCCAGUCUGAUUGACAAUGAACACAGCGAAAGAGGCAAGCAGCUCAAGUUUACCUUGAACAUACAAGGCCAAGGGGACGAUGCUUCUGGACAGAGAUUAGUAGAAAAGAUCAAGGCUUUACUUGAAAUGCAAGAACAUCCAACGGAUUAUUCUGUGAGUGUGGAAGGCCAAAGGCAGGGCAACCAUGGGAAUCAUUUCACUGUCACCAUAGAAGGCAAAGCGACUGAUAAUUCUCUCAGGCGAUUUGUGGAAAACAUCUACGCGAUCCUUGAAGGAGAACAGAAAAUAGCUAACAUGAACAUGAACAUAGAAGGUCAAGGGAUUGGUACUUCUGUCCACAAAUUAGUCCGAGACUUCAAUGUUUCCUUGAAAAAGAGGCCCAGUCUGAUUGACAAUGAACACAGCGAAAGAGGCAAGCAGCUCAAGUUUACCUUGAACAUACAAGGCCAAGGGGACGAUGCUUCCGGACAGAGAUUAGUAGAAAAGAUCAAGGCUUUACUUGAAAUGCAAGAACAUCCAACGGAUUAUUCUGUGAGUGUGGAAGGCCAAAGGCAGGGCAACCAUGGGAAUCAUUUCACUGUCACCAUAGAAGGCAAAGCGACUGAUAAUUCUCUCAGGCGAUUUGUGGAAAACAUCUACGCGAUCCUUGAAGGAGAACAGAAAAUAGCUAACAUGAACAUGAACAUAAAAGGUCAAGGGAUUGGUACUUCUGUCCACAAAUUAGUCCGAGACUUCAAUGUUUCCUUGAAAAAGAGGCCCAGUCUGAUUGACAAUGAACACAGCGAAAGAGGCAAGCAGCUCAAGUUUACCUUGAACAUACAAGGCCAAGGGGACGAUGCUUCCGGACAGAGAUUAGUAGAAAAGAUCAAGGCUUUACUUGAAAUGCAAGAACAUCCAACGGAUUAUUCUGUGAGUGUGGAAGGCCAAAGGCAGGGCAACCAUGGGAAUCAUUUCACUGUCACCAUAGAAGGCAAAGCGACUGAUAAUUCUCUCAGGCGAUUUGUGGAAAACAUCUAUGCGAUCCUUGAAGGAGAACAGAAAAUAGCUAACAUGAACAUGAACAUAAAAGGUCAAGGGAUUGGUACUUCUGUCCACAAAUUAGUCCGAGACUUCAAUGUUUCCUUGAAAAAGAGGCCCAGUCUGAUUGACAAUGAACACAGCGAAAGAGGCAAGCAGCUCAAGUUUACCUUGAACAUACAAGGCCAAGGGGACGAUGCUUCCAGACAGAGAUUAGUAGAAAAGAUCAAGGCUUUACUUGAAAUGCAAGAACAUCCAACGGAUUAUUCUGUGAGUGUGGAAGGCCAAAGGCAGGGCAACCAUGGGAAUCAUUUCACUGUCACCAUAGAAGGCAAAGCGACUGAUAAUUCUCUCAGGCGAUUUGUGGAAAACAUCUACGCGAUCCUUGAAGGAGAACAGAAAAUAGCUAACAUGAACAUGAACAUAAAAGGUCAAGGGAUUGGUACUUCUGUCCACAAAUUAGUCCGAGACUUCAAUGUUUCCUUGAAAAAGAGGCCCAGUCUGAUUGACAAUGAACACAGCGAAAGAGGCAAGCAGCUCAAGUUUACCUUGAACAUACAAGGCCAAGGGGACGAUGCUUCCGGACAGAGAUUAGUAGAAAAGAUCAAGGCUUUACUUGAAAUGCAAGAACAUCCAACGGAUUAUUCUGUGAGUGUGGAAGGCCAAAGGCAGGGCAACCAUGGGAAUCAUUUCACUGUCACCAUAGAAGGCAAAGCGACUGAUAAUUCUCUCAGGCGAUUUGUGGAAAACAUCUACGCGAUCCUUGAAGGAGAACAGAAAAUAGCUAACAUGAACAUGAACAUAAAAGGUCAAGGGAUUGGUACUUCUGUCCACAAAUUAGUCCGAGACUUCAAUGUUUCCUUGAAAAAGAGGCCCAGUCUGAUUGACAAUGAACACAGCGAAAGAGGCAAGCAGCUCAAGUUUACCUUGAACAUACAAGGCCAAGGGGACGAUGCUUCCAGACAGAGAUUAGUAGAAAAGAUCAAGGCUUUACUUGAAAUGCAAGAACAUCCAACGGAUUAUUCUGUGAGUGUGGAAGGCCAAAGGCAGGGCAACCAUGGGAAUCAUUUCACUGUCACCAUAGAAGGCAAAGCGACUGAUAAUUCUCUCAGGCGAUUUGUGGAAAACAUCUACGCGAUCCUUGAAGGAGAACAGAAAAUAGCUAACAUGAACAUGAACAUAAAAGGUCAAGGGAUUGGUACUUCUGUCCACAAAUUAGUCCGAGACUUCAAUGUUUCCUUGAAAAAGAGGCCCAGUCUGAUUGACAAUGAACACAGCGAAAGAGGCAAGCAGCUCAAGUUUACCUUGAACAUACAAGGCCAAGGGGACGAUGCUUCCAGACAGAGAUUAGUAGAAAAGAUCAAGGCUUUACUUGAAAUGCAAGAACAUCCAACGGAUUAUUCUGUGAGUGUGGAAGGCCAAAGGCAGGGCAACCAUGGGAAUCAUUUCACUGUCACCAUAGAAGGCAAAGCGACUGAUAAUUCUCUCAGGCGAUUUGUGGAAAACAUCUACGCGAUCCUUGAAGGAGAACAGAAAAUAGCUAACAUGAACAUGAACAUAAAAGGUCAAGGGAUUGGUACUUCUGUCCACAAAUUAGUCCGAGACUUCAAUGUUUCCUUGAAAAAGAGGCCCAGUCUGAUUGACAAUGAACACAGCGAAAGAGGCAAGCAGCUCAAGUUUACCUUGAACAUACAAGGCCAAGGGGACGAUGCUUCCGGACAGAGAUUAGUAGAAAAGAUCAAGGCUUUACUUGAAAUGCAAGAACAUCCAACGGAUUAUUCUGUGAGUGUGGAAGGCCAAAGGCAGGGCAACCAUGGGAAUCAUUUCACUGUCACCAUAGAAGGCAAAGCGACUGAUAAUUCUCUCAGGCGAUUUGUGGAAAACAUCUACGCGAUCCUUGAAGGAGAACAGAAAAUAGCUAACAUGAACAUGAACAUAAAAGGUCAAGGGAUUGGUACUUCUGUCCACAAAUUAGUCCGAGACUUCAAUGUUUCCUUGAAAAAGAGGCCCAGUCUGAUUGACAAUGAACACAGCGAAAGAGGCAAGCAGCUCAAGUUUACCUUGAACAUACAAGGCCAAGGGGACGAUGCUUCCGGACAGAGAUUAGUAGAAAAGAUCAAGGCUUUACUUGAAAUGCAAGAACAUCCAACGGAUUAUUCUGUGAGUGUGGAAGGCCAAAGGCAGGGCAACCAUGGGAAUCAUUUCACUGUCACCAUAGAAGGCAAAGCGACUGAUAAUUCUCUCAGGCGAUUUGUGGAAAACAUCUACGCGAUCCUUGAAGGAGAACAGAAAAUAGCUAACAUGAACAUGAACAUAAAAGGUCAAGGGAUUGGUACUUCUGUCCACAAAUUAGUCCGAGACUUCAAUGUUUCCUUGAAAAAGAGGCCCAGUCUGAUUGACAAUGAACACAGCGAAAGAGGCAAGCAGCUCAAGUUUACCUUGAACAUACAAGGCCAAGGGGACGAUGCUUCCAGACAGAGAUUAGUAGAAAAGAUCAAGGCUUUACUUGAAAUGCAAGAACAUCCAACGGAUUAUUCUGUGAGUGUGGAAGGCCAAAGGCAGGGCAACCAUGGGAAUCAUUUCACUGUCACCAUAGAAGGCAAAGCGACUGAUAAUUCUCUCAGGCGAUUUGUGGAAAACAUCUACGCGAUCCUUGAAGGAGAACAGAAAAUAGCUAACAUGAACAUGAACAUAAAAGGUCAAGGGAUUGGUACUUCUGUCCACAAAUUAGUCCGAGACUUCAAUGUUUCCUUGAAAAAGAGGCCCAGUCUGAUUGACAAUGAACACAGCGAAAGAGGCAAGCAGCUCAAGUUUACCUUGAACAUACAAGGCCAAGGGGACGAUGCUUCCAGACAGAGAUUAGUAGAAAAGAUCAAGGCUUUACUUGAAAUGCAAGAACAUCCAACGGAUUAUUCUGUGAGUGUGGAAGGCCAAAGGCAGGGCAACCAUGGGAAUCAUUUCACUGUCACCAUAGAAGGCAAAGCGACUGAUAAUUCUCUCAGGCGAUUUGUGGAAAACAUCUAUGCGAUCCUUGAAGGAGAACAGAAAAUAGCUAACAUGAACAUGAACAUAAAAGGUCAAGGGAUUGGUACUUCUGUCCACAAAUUAGUCCGAGACUUCAAUGUUUCCUUGAAAAAGAGGCCCAGUCUGAUUGACAAUGAACACAGCGAAAGAGGCAAGCAGCUCAAGUUUACCUUGAACAUACAAGGCCAAGGGGACGAUGCUUCCAGACAGAGAUUAGUAGAAAAGAUCAAGGCUUUACUUGAAAUGCAAGAACAUCCAACGGAUUAUUCUGUGAGUGUGGAAGGCCAAAGGCAGGGCAACCAUGGGAAUCAUUUCACUGUCACCAUAGAAGGCAAAGCGACUGAUAAUUCUCUCAGGCGAUUUGUGGAAAACAUCUAUGCGAUCCUUGAAGGAGAACAGAAAAUAGCUAACAUGAACAUGAACAUAGAAGGUCAAGGGAUUGGUACUUCUGUCCACAAAUUAGUCCGAGACUUCAAUGUUUCCUUGAAAAAGAGGCCCAGUCUGAUUGACAAUGAACACAGCGAAAGAGGCAAGCAGCUCAAGUUUACCUUGAACAUACAAGGCCAAGGGGACGAUGCUUCCAGACAGAGAUUAGUAGAAAAGAUCAAGGCUUUACUUGAAAUGCAAGAACAUCCAACGGAUUAUUCUGUGAGUGUGGAAGGCCAAAGGCAGGGCAACCAUGGGAAUCAUUUCACUGUCACCAUAGAAGGCAAAGCGACUGAUAAUUCUCUCAGGCGAUUUGUGGAAAACAUCUACGCGAUCCUUGAAGGAGAACAGAAAAUAGCUAACAUGAACAUGAACAUAGAAGGUCAAGGGAUUGGUACUUCUGUCCACAAAUUAGUCCGAGACUUCAAUGUUUCCUUGAAAAAGAGGCCCAGUCUGAUUGACAAUGAACACAGCGAAAGAGGCAAGCAGCUCAAGUUUACCUUGAACAUACAAGGCCAAGGGGACGAUGCUUCCAGACAGAGAUUAGUAGAAAAGAUCAAGGCUUUACUUGAAAUGCAAGAACAUCCAACGGAUUAUUCUGUGAGUGUGGAAGGCCAAAGGCAGGGCAACCAUGGGAAUCAUUUCACUGUCACCAUAGAAGGCAAAGCGACUGAUAAUUCUCUCAGGGGAUUUGUGGAAAACAUCUAUGCGAUCCUUGAAGGAGAACAGAAAAUAGCUAACAUGAACAUGAACAUAGAAGGUCAAGGGAUUGGUACUUCUGUCCACAAAUUAGUCCGAGACUUCAAUGUUUCCUUGAAAAAGAGGCCCAGUCUGAUUGACAAUGAACACAGCGAAAGAGGCAAGCAGCUCAAGUUUACCUUGAACAUACAAGGCCAAGGGGACGAUGCUUCCAGACAGAGAUUAGUAGAAAAGAUCAAGGCUUUACUUGAAAUGCAAGAACAUCCAACGGAUUAUUCUGUGAGUGUGGAAGGCCAAAGGCAGGGCAACCAUGGGAAUCAUUUCACUGUCACCAUAGAAGGCAAAGCGACUGAUAAUUCUCUCAGGCGAUUUGUGGAAAACAUCUACGCGAUCCUUGAAGGAGAACAGAAAAUAGCUAACAUGAACAUGAACAUAGAAGGUCAAGGGAUUGGUACUUCUGUCCACAAAUUAGUCCGAGACUUCAAUGUUUCCUUGAAAAAGAGGCCCAGUCUGAUUGACAAUGAACACAGCGAAAGAGGCAAGCAGCUCAAGUUUACCUUGAACAUACAAGGCCAAGGGGACGAUGCUUCCAGACAGAGAUUAGUAGAAAAGAUCAAGGCUUUACUUGAAAUGCAAGAACAUCCAACGGAUUAUUCUGUGAGUGUGGAAGGCCAAAGGCAGGGCAACCAUGGGAAUCAUUUCACUGUCACCAUAGAAGGCAAAGCGACUGAUAAUUCUCUCAGGCGAUUUGUGGAAAACAUCUAUGCGAUCCUUGAAGGAGAACAGAAAAUAGCUAACAUGAACAUGAACAUAGAAGGUCAAGGGAUUGGUACUUCUGUCCACAAAUUAGUCCGAGACUUCAAUGUUUCCUUGAAAAAGAGGCCCAGUCUGAUUGACAAUGAACACAGCGAAAGAGGCAAGCAGCUCAAGUUUACCUUGAACAUACAAGGCCAAGGGGACGAUGCUUCCAGACAGAGAUUAGUAGAAAAGAUCAAGGCUUUACUUGAAAUGCAAGAACAUCCAACGGAUUAUUCUGUGAGUGUGGAAGGCCAAAGGCAGGGCAACCAUGGGAAUCAUUUCACUGUCACCAUAGAAGGCAAAGCGACUGAUAAUUCUCUCAGGGGAUUUGUGGAAAACAUCUAUGCGAUCCUUGAAGGAGAACAGAAAAUAGCUAACAUGAACAUGAACAUAGAAGGUCAAGGGAUUGGUACUUCUGUCCACAAAUUAGUCCGAGACUUCAAUGUUUCCUUGAAAAAGAGGCCCAGUCUGAUUGACAAUGAACACAGCGAAAGAGGCAAGCAGCUCAAGUUUACCUUGAACAUACAAGGCCAAGGGGACGAUGCUUCCAGACAGAGAUUAGUAGAAAAGAUCAAGGCUUUACUUGAAAUGCAAGAACAUCCAACGGAUUAUUCUGUGAGUGUGGAAGGCCAAAGGCAGGGCAACCAUGGGAAUCAUUUCACUGUCACCAUAGAAGGCAAAGCGACUGAUAAUUCUCUCAGGGGAUUUGUGGAAAACAUCUAUGCGAUCCUUGAAGGAGAACAGAAAAUAGCUAACAUGAACAUGAACAUAGAAGGUCAAGGGAUUGGUACUUCUGUCCACAAAUUAGUCCGAGACUUCAAUGUUUCCUUGAAAAAGAGGCCCAGUCUGAUUGACAAUGAACACAGCGAAAGAGGCAAGCAGCUCAAGUUUACCUUGAACAUACAAGGCCAAGGGGACGAUGCUUCCAGACAGAGAUUAGUAGAAAAGAUCAAGGCUUUACUUGAAAUGCAAGAACAUCCAACGGAUUAUUCUGUGAGUGUGGAAGGCCAAAGGCAGGGCAACCAUGGGAAUCAUUUCACUGUCACCAUAGAAGGCAAAGCGACUGAUAAUUCUCUCAGGCGAUUUGUGGAAAACAUCUAUGCGAUCCUUGAAGGAGAACAGAAAAUAGCUAACAUGAACAUGAACAUAGAAGGUCAAGGGAUUGGUACUUCUGUCCACAAAUUAGUCCGAGACUUCAAUGUUUCCUUGAAAAAGAGGCCCAGUCUGAUUGACAAUGAACACAGCGAAAGAGGCAAGCAGCUCAAGUUUACCUUGAACAUACAAGGCCAAGGGGACGAUGCUUCCAGACAGAGAUUAGUAGAAAAGAUCAAGGCUUUACUUGAAAUGCAAGAACAUCCAACGGAUUAUUCUGUGAGUGUGGAAGGCCAAAGGCAGGGCAACCAUGGGAAUCAUUUCACUGUCACCAUAGAAGGCAAAGCGACUGAUAAUUCUCUCAGGGGAUUUGUGGAAAACAUCUAUGCGAUCCUUGAAGGAGAACAGAAAAUAGCUAACAUGAACAUGAACAUAGAAGGUCAAGGGAUUGGUACUUCUGUCCACAAAUUAGUCCGAGACUUCAAUGUUUCCUUGAAAAAGAGGCCCAGUCUGAUUGACAAUGAACACAGCGAAAGAGGCAAGCAGCUCAAGUUUACCUUGAACAUACAAGGCCAAGGGGACGAUGCUUCCAGACAGAGAUUAGUAGAAAAGAUCAAGGCUUUACUUGAAAUGCAAGAACAUCCAACGGAUUAUUCUGUGAGUGUGGAAGGCCAAAGGCAGGGCAACCAUGGGAAUCAUUUCACUGUCACCAUAGAAGGCAAAGCGACUGAUAAUUCUCUCAGGCGAUUUGUGGAAAACAUCUACGCGAUCCUUGAAGGAGAACAGAAAAUAGCUAACAUGAACAUGAACAUAGAAGGUCAAGGGAUUGGUACUUCUGUCCACAAAUUAGUCCGAGACUUCAAUGUUUCCUUGAAAAAGAGGCCCAGUCUGAUUGACAAUGAACACAGCGAAAGAGGCAAGCAGCUCAAGUUUACCUUGAACAUACAAGGCCAAGGGGACGAUGCUUCCAGACAGAGAUUAGUAGAAAAGAUCAAGGCUUUACUUGAAAUGCAAGAACAUCCAACGGAUUAUUCUGUGAGUGUGGAAGGCCAAAGGCAGGGCAACCAUGGGAAUCAUUUCACUGUCACCAUAGAAGGCAAAGCGACUGAUAAUUCUCUCAGGCGAUUUGUGGAAAACAUCUAUGCGAUCCUUGAAGGAGAACAGAAAAUAGCUAACAUGAACAUGAACAUAGAAGGUCAAGGGAUUGGUACUUCUGUCCACAAAUUAGUCCGAGACUUCAAUGUUUCCUUGAAAAAGAGGCCCAGUCUGAUUGACAAUGAACACAGCGAAAGAGGCAAGCAGCUCAAGUUUACCUUGAACAUACAAGGCCAAGGGGACGAUGCUUCCAGACAGAGAUUAGUAGAAAAGAUCAAGGCUUUACUUGAAAUGCAAGAACAUCCAACGGAUUAUUCUGUGAGUGUGGAAGGCCAAAGGCAGGGCAACCAUGGGAAUCAUUUCACUGUCACCAUAGAAGGCAAAGCGACUGAUAAUUCUCUCAGGCGAUUUGUGGAAAACAUCUAUGCGAUCCUUGAAGGAGAACAGAAAAUAGCUAACAUGAACAUGAACAUAGAAGGUCAAGGGAUUGGUACUUCUGUCCACAAAUUAGUCCGAGACUUCAAUGUUUCCUUGAAAAAGAGGCCCAGUCUGAUUGACAAUGAACACAGCGAAAGAGGCAAGCAGCUCAAGUUUACCUUGAACAUACAAGGCCAAGGGGACGAUGCUUCCGGACAGAGAUUAGUAGAAAAGAUCAAGGCUUUACUUGAAAUGCAAGAACAUCCAACGGAUUAUUCUGUGAGUGUGGAAGGCCAAAGGCAGGGCAACCAUGGGAAUCAUUUCACUGUCACCAUAGAAGGCAAAGCGACUGAUAAUUCUCUCAGGCGAUUUGUGGAAAACAUCUACGCGAUCCUUGAAGGAGAACAGAAAAUAGCUAACAUGAACAUGAACAUAGAAGGUCAAGGGAUUGGUACUUCUGUCCACAAAUUAGUCCGAGACUUCAAUGUUUCCUUGAAAAAGAGGCCCAGUCUGAUUGACAAUGAACACAGCGAAAGAGGCAAGCAGCUCAAGUUUACCUUGAACAUACAAGGCCAAGGGGACGAUGCUUCCAGACAGAGAUUAGUAGAAAAGAUCAAGGCUUUACUUGAAAUGCAAGAACAUCCAACGGAUUAUUCUGUGAGUGUGGAAGGCCAAAGGCAGGGCAACCAUGGGAAUCAUUUCACUGUCACCAUAGAAGGCAAAGCGACUGAUAAUUCUCUCAGGCGAUUUGUGGAAAACAUCUACGCGAUCCUUGAAGGAGAACAGAAAAUAGCUAACAUGAACAUGAACAUAGAAGGUCAAGGGAUUGGUACUUCUGUCCACAAAUUAGUCCGAGACUUCAAUGUUUCCUUGAAAAAGAGGCCCAGUCUGAUUGACAAUGAACACAGCGAAAGAGGCAAGCAGCUCAAGUUUACCUUGAACAUACAAGGCCAAGGGACGAUGCUUCCGGACAGAGAUUAG